AUGUCAUUCCAGCAUUGAGUUUUGGGAGAUGUAUCUACUAAGAUCACUCACUGUCUUAGUUACUCUCAAACUAUCAAUUGCCCAAGUUCUACUCGAUUUACAGUGGUCAGAAGAUGUGUCCGAAUACACAGUUCAAGUACAAGUCGGAACUCCAGGUCAAAACAUAACUAUGAGGAUCGAAUUCGAAACUUUCUUCACAAAUUAUACGUUAAUACCGUCCACAAAUUCAACAAGUUGCGCCAACACUACGGACGUUUACGGCGGGUGUCAAUUCGGAUCGUUCAACCAAAAUUUAUCCUCGACAUUUGAUUCAUAUGACGCAUUCGGUAGCGAUCGCGACCACUCGGGCGGGGUUAUAUUCAUAGACACACUUGGGUUCAAUGGUGAAGACGGAGCGAUCUAUAUUAUGCACCUAUCAUAUGAUAUAGCGUCACUUCCAAGCAACACGCCAGCAGCAGAUAAUAUAGAGCCAUCCUUACCGUUCUUUUACCUUCUUGGCGAUCUCUAUAAUACUUGGGACAGCCUACUUGAUUAUUUAGCAUUCCAAGAUUCCAUUCCAGCUUCUGCCUUCAGUUUAUGGCUGCAAGAUGAAAAUUCAUUUACAGGAGGACUCUUGCUAGGUGCUAUUGAUACAAGUCGCUACGAAGGUGAACUCGUCAGUCUAGAUACAUAUAACAGAGAUAGCCUAGAAGCUUUACCAGCGACAUCGCGGCGGACGUUCAACGGGACUAGUAAUGAGGGACCGAUUAUGGCAAUCGCAAUGACCUCACUUUCAGCUAGUAGCCCUACAGGGACGGAUGAAAUUUGGGUUCAAGGUCCCUUGUUCGUCCGUAUCAAAUUAGGAGACGAUCUAUGGCUCUCGCCUUACCUUGCAGCGCAAAUACGAAACAUAACCGGCGCUAUUAUUCGAUACGACGAGACUGGAACCCACGAAUACACUGUCAUACCGUGUAAUAUGAAAAAUAGCGAAGGGUAUUUCACCUUUGGCUUCGGCGGACCAGAAGCUUUCAAAGUCAACGUUACCAUGGCAAGUUUAGUCAUCCCGCCAUCCAAACAGCUUCGUCAGCUAUUCAACACCUUUGGGGAGGACAUGUGCAGAUUUGGUAUCUCCGAAGCUAAAGGUUACGACGUGGGAUUUCUGAGCAGUCAUUUGCUUCGCUCAGUCUAUACCGUCAUUGACCUGACGAACCAGAAAGUGGCAAUGGCUCCCCUUAAACUCGACCAUAGAGGCAAUGAGUCAAAUAUCGUCACAUUCGAUGGACUAAGCUCACCUAUUCCAUCUGCGACUUCGGCGUCAGGCCAACCGACAUCGAUAAGCAGAAUUGCGUUGUCAGGACCAUCGCCGUCGCUUUCGUAUCGGGCCGCGAAAGGCUUUGGGAUCACCACAGCUGCAACAACAUCGUUAUCGGUACUCAAAUACAGUUCCAGUUCCGGGGGAAACGGUCUUUGGGUUGAAACGUACAUCGUCAUAAUCAGUUCUAUCAUAGCUGUCUUCCUCAUGCUACUCACUUCGCUCGUCAUAUGGAAACGAUGGAAGAAACGCCACACCUUGGCAACCAGACUGCCAUUCAAGGAGAAGCCCUGUUGUAUACAAAAAGAUUCUUUAGAUGGAGUCCAGGUACAACAGGUAUCUGAAAUCGAUGGAAAUAUUCGGCCAGCGGAAUUGUCAGCAGUCAGAGAACUCUCGGAGCUGCACGGCAGGGAGAUCUGUGCGGAAUUACCUGGCGACCACCGGUUUCCCGAGCGGGCAAAACUCAAGGCCACAACAUAUCAUCCAAAACGUUAUUCAUAGACCUCAUCAUCCUACCUACUAAGAGAUCAAAAUCAAUUCUUACCGCUGGUCGGUUCCUAGUAAAGACGGGCUCAACCUCCUAAUGAAGUGGAUACCAAGCCCUGAGAACAGCUUCUCGAGUACGACACCACCGAGUUUGCUUCAGUAAACCCUGAGCCUUGAAACUGGCGUUUUUAAUUAACCAGGAAUACACAAAUCCCUUGCUUUGUACGAAACAAACAGCGAUCGGACUUCACCAGCUAUAAGGGGUGUUGUCUAUAACCCACUGCCUUCCGGUCGAGAGAUGUAGAGUCGCAAUUUCAUAUACAAUUACCA